AGCAAUGACAGCCUCACUUGUUCGUGCCUUUAAUAUGUGAUCUGUUUUCUCCAGUGGAGGGCACUCAGUGUAUCGCAAACUAGAACAUUAGCACCAACAAGCGCCUGAGCAUCCUCGCUGUCUGAAAAGCCUUCUGAAUGAGUACAGGAGAGCAGCCUCUCUCUUCCAGCACAGCUCACCAAAAACAAAAAAAGCCCAACAACAACAGCAAAAAGAGGGAACACUUUCAACCUGACCGGCUAAAUGGAGAAAACUAACCAGCUCAGCUUUGAGUAAAAGCGGGUGGCGGGUCUGGUGGAGGAGGAGGGGGGGCGGGUUGACUUCUUCUACAGCUCUGGAGGCCUGGUGGCAUCGUCGCCCAUCGCCGGGGACCUGCCAGAGGAUGGAUUGCUGUGCCUGGGAAUGGCAGGGGGCAGCCGCCUGAAGAGGGCUGCUCGGAGCCGGGCAAAGCUUCCUGCCCUUCUUUCUCCUCCAGAACUUGCUUUCCCUCCGCGGUCCGCCGUCGCUCCGGCACUGAAGCUUCCCCAUCGAUGCUCAUGGCUCUCCGGCUGAUGUGCUUCAUGGCUCUGAGAGGUUAACAAACCUGCCCCCCACCCCCCCCACAACACCCGCUCCAUUCCUCUUCCUGCCCCAUCACUCAUACCCCAUCCUCCAGUCCUGUAUCCCCCUCCCCAACCCCCCCUUCAUCCCCAUCCCCUAACCCUCCCCCAUCUCCCCUAAAUUCUUUUUCGUCCCCCUCCCCCCUCUCUCGGGAACUUUGUGUAGGUUCCUGGCAUUCACGCCGGAUGGCGGUGAAGUAGGUGGCAGCUGGGCUUGUGUGUGACAUGAACAUUGUGAUGGUUUAAAGGAGAGGGACCGACUUGGAAGGGGGGGAGAAGAGGAAGAAGGGGGAAAACCAUCUUCACCAACAAGAAGCAAAACAGCUGGAAAGAAAAGGGGACACAGUUGCCGAUGACAAAAGGAUGGGUUUCCAUGUAAUCAAGCAGUUGAGAGGCAUGAGUGCAGUGUUGGUGCUCCUCCCUACAGUGCUGUUUGUGACGCUCACCGGGGCUCAGCGUGCUUGCCCCAAGAACUGCAGAUGUGAUGGCAAAAUUGUGUACUGCGAAUCUCAUGCAUUCAGAGACAUCCCUCAGAACAUUUCCGGAGGGUCUCAAGGCUUAUCGUUGCGGUACAACAGCAUCCAGAAGCUUAAGCCAAAUCAGUUUGCAGGCCUUCACCAACUCAUAUGGCUAUACCUUGACCAUAAUUACAUCAGUUCCGUAGAUGAGGAUGCCUUCCAGGGCAUCCGUAGGCUGAAGGAAUUAAUUCUGAGCUCCAACAAAAUUACCCACCUGCAAAACAAAACAUUUCACCCAGUUCCCAACCUCCGCAAUCUGGACCUGUCAUACAACAAGCUGCAGGCACUGCAGUCUGAGCAGUUUAAAGGUCUCCGCAAGCUCUUGAUCUUGCACUUACGUUCAAACUCAUUGAAAACCGUUCCGAUUCGAGUUUUCCAAGACUGUCGCAAUCUCGAUUUUCUGGAUUUGGGCUACAAUCGCCUACGGAGUUUAUCCCGCAAUGCUUUUGCUGGCCUCUUGAAGCUAACGGAGCUCCACUUGGAGCACAACCAGUUUUCUAAGAUCAACUUUGCUCACUUUCCACGUCUCUUCAACCUCCGCUCAAUCUACUUGCAAUGGAAUAGGAUCAGAUCCAUCAGCCAAGGUUUAACGUGGACUUGGAGUUCCUUACACAACUUGGAUUUAUCAGGGAAUGACAUUGCAGGGAUUGAACCUGGGACGUUCCAGUGCCUGCCCAACUUGCAGAAACUCAACCUGGAUUCCAACAAACUCACCAACAUCUCUCAGGAGACUGUCAAUGCCUGGAUUUCUUUAAUAUCCAUCACUCUCUCUGGAAAUAUGUGGGAAUGUACUCGGAGCAUUUGCCCUCUAUUUAAUUGGCUGAAAAGCUUCAAAGGAAACAAGGAAAGUACCAUGAUUUGUGCAGGCCCAAAGCAUAUCCAGGGUGAGAAAGUGAGCGAUGCUGUAGAAACCUACAACAUUUGUGCUGAAAUUCCAGUCGUGGUGACUGAAAAGCCCUACCAGGCCCCUAAAACUCAGCAGAGGCCCAUCUUUGUUCCAAAGCCUACUCUUCCCAAACUGGAAGACUAUCAGCCAACCUCUUUUACAGCAAAUCCUUCUCCAGAUUUCCCAACAUCUGGACCAGAGCCAGAGUAUGAGCAUGUUUCCUUUCACAAGAUUAUUGCUGGAAGUGUGGCCCUCUUUCUAUCGGUGGCUAUGAUUUUGUUGGUCAUCUACGUCUCAUGGAAGCGCUACCCAGCCAGCAUGAAGCAGCUCCAGCAACACUCUCUUAUGAAGAGGCGCCGGAAAAAAGCUCGAGAGUCUGAAAGGCAAAUGAACUCCCCUUUACAGGAGUAUUAUGUGGACUACAAGCCGACAAAUUCCGAGACCAUGGAUGUAUCGGUUAAUGGAUCUGGACCCUGCACGUAUACCAUUUCUGGCUCCAGGGAAUGUGAGCUCUCCGGAGAAGUCCUGUUUCAAAAAGGAAUUGUCAUGGAUGAUUGUGCAGUGAAUAAGGUCCCUCACCAUAUGAAAACCUUGCCCUAUUACAGCUAUGACCAACCGGUGAUUGGAUAUUGCCAGGCCCACAAGCCCCUCCAUGUAAAUAAGGGAUAUGACACAAUCUCCCGGGACCAGGCUGAAGCCACCAACUUGGAGUUGAGUCGAGACCACAGCUUCAUUGCUACAAUUGCACGUUCGGCUGCUCCAGCUAUUUACAUUGAGAGAAUACCAAACUGAUGGAAUCUCUUUCCUGAGAAUCAAGAGAGGGUGUGUAUGGGAGGCUUCUUUUUUCUGGGGAGGGGGGAACCUUCGGGUGAAGAGGAACGAGGAGCAAGGAGAAGAAGACAACUCACCAUUCCAGUUACAAAUGUUUUGAUGCAAACAACAGGAAAGGGGAACAAAAUAAAUAAAUAAAUGACACGUUGCUUGAGGACUGCCGUAUAAGGAAAUUCAGUCUAGUGACACUAUAGUACCGACUGGAGAACUUGAGAAUUUCCUUUGGCUUUAAACUGUCGAACUUCUUGGUGUACAUAUCAAAGAAAGAUUGCUGAGUUCUUAUAUAAAAAUGCGAGCGAGCGAGAGAAUUAGAUUUCACUCUAGCAACAUAAAGGGAUGGAUUAAAAGUUCUGUUUGUAUAUUUGAUUUUUCUACACUGCACGGUUCCUUCAGAGGAGAACCAGAGGUACCAAUAAGGGGUGGGACGGGGAAGAACAUAGAAUGGAAUAUGAGAUAUUGUUUAUUGUUUAUUACUCUUAGAAGUAACAGAAGGUUUCUUUAUUUUUCCAUUUGG